CAUGCCGCUAAUCGCACAUCAACACUCGUUACACAGCUCUCAAAUUCCCAUAUUGCAGGCUACGGAGUCAACACAAACUCCAUAUCCGGAUCCUCACGAUACAUAACGACCUGCUCGGCGGAGGGUCGUCCAGUCAAAAGGUGUGCAGGGUGGUGACAUCCUCAGCACACCGCUGCCACAUAAUCCCAGAGCCCCACCAUUCACACAAAAAGACAACAUGGCGGAACCCAAGACAAUCAAGGUCGUGUGUCGAUUCCGACCGCAGAACAAGAUCGAGUUGGCUGCUGGCAGUGAACAGGUCGUGGAGUUCAAAGGCGACGAUACCUGUGCAAUCACAUCCAAGGACGCCAAUGGCUCAUUCACGUUCGAUCGUGUUUUCCCCACCAAUACUCCUCAACAUGAUGUAUUCGACUACUCGAUCCGCAGCACAGUCGACGAUGUGCUGGCAGGAUACAACGGAACGGUUUUUGCCUACGGUCAGACGGGUUCGGGUAAAACGUUUACUAUGAUGGGUGCCGAUAUAGGAGACGAAGCAACAAAGGGUAUUAUCCCUCGUAUCGUGGAGCAGAUUUUCACCAGCAUUAUGCAGAGCGACGGAAGCAUCGAGUUUACGGUGAAGGUCAGCUACAUGGAGAUCUACAUGGAGAAGAUCCGGGACUUGCUGGUGCCUCAAAAUGACAACCUGCCGAUUCACGAGGACAAACAACGUGGUGUAUAUGUCAAGGGCCUCGGCGAGUUCUACGUGGGCUCUGUUGGAGAAGUGUAUCAAGUGUUGGAAAGAGGUGGUCAAUCAAGAGCUGUCGCGGCUACAAACAUGAACCAGGAAUCGUCUCGCUCGCAUUCCAUUUUCGUGAUCGAGGUAACACAGAAGAAUGUCGAGUCCGGUUCAGCUCGGUCAGGUCGUCUGUUUCUCGUCGAUCUGGCAGGUUCAGAAAAGGUCGGCAAGACUGGUGCCAGUGGCCAAACAUUGGAAGAAGCCAAGAAGAUCAACAAGUCUCUCUCGGCGCUCGGCAUGGUCAUCAAUGCACUAUCCGACGGCAAGAGCAGCCACAUCCCAUACAGAGACAGUAAGCUCACCCGCAUCCUUCAGGAGUCCCUCGGCGGUAACUCCCGAACUACGCUCAUCAUCAAUUGUUCGCCUUCGUCUUACAAUGAUGACGAGACAAUGUCCACGCUUCGAUUUGGUGAGCGCGCCAAGACCAUCAAGCAGAAGGCCAAGGUCAACGAGGAACUGUCUCCUGCGCAAUUGAAGGCACUGCUCAAGAAGGCACAAUCCCAGGUGACGACAUUCGAGUCGUAUAUCCACUCGCUUGAAAGCGAGGUGGGCAACUGGCGGAAGGGAGAGCAGGUGCCAAAAGAACAAUGGACUCCAGCCCUGGUCGAUGGCCCCAAGUUACAGUCCCACACCCCUGCGAGAUCAGCCACGCCAACAAGCCGCCUGAAGCAAGAGGUCCCCGGGACGCCUCGGACAGAAAGUCGACUCGAGCUCGAACGUUCCAGUACACCCAGUUUGGGGCUGGAGAAAGAUGAGAAGGACGAGUUCCUCAAACGUGAGAAUGAGCUUCAGGAUCAACUUGCCGAGAAAGAAAGCAGCUUAGCGGCUGCCGAGCAGGCUCUACAAGUUGCUCGCAGCGAGCUCCGGGAACUUCGGGAAGCACACACACUAUCUGUCCGGAAUCACGAGCAAUCGCGGAGCGAAACGGAGUCAUUGCGUAUGCAAGUGGAGAAGAUUGAGUUUGAGACCAAAGAAGCGGCAAUCACCAUGGAUUCACUCAAAGAAGCCAACACUGAACUCACACAGGAGCUCGAUGAUGUUAAGCACCAGCUGCUGGACGCUAAGAUGUCUGCCAAGGAAUCAUCGGCAAUCCUUGACGAGAAGGAAAGACUCAAACGGGAGCGGAUGGCACAGAUGAUGGCAGGCUUCGAUCUGGGCGAGGGAAUCAUGUCCUCGAGCGAGCUCCAAGUGCGCGAAGUCGUGCAGCAGGUCGAGAGUCUCUUCGACAUUGCUAAAGGUGGGGCGGCGGUCAACGCGGAAGAGUUACGUGCUUUGAAAGAGAAACUGCUUGAGAUACAGACCCUCGUACGGCAGGCAGACAUCAGCUCGAAUGGCCACAUCGACAGCACGCAUAGCGAUCUCCUCGAACAGAAGCUUGCACAGACCCGCAAGGAGUAUCAAGAACUACUUCAGCGGAACUUGUCUGAGAGCGACAUCGAAGAGGUCAAGCAGAAAUUACAAGAGGCUAUGGCUGCCCAGCAGAACGGUGGCAAUACCACAGGCGAGCUUCAGGAGUCCCUGGCGCGACAACAAGACGAGAGCGCUCGCCUACGAACCGAGCUGGAGAACCUCAGACAACAAAAUGCGAAGGGUCCUAACGGAGCCAGCCUGAACAAGCAGCUCGCCGAUUUUGACAACAUGAAAAAGUCGCUCAUGCGCGAUUUGCAAGAUCGAUGUGAGCGUGUCAUUGAGCUAGAGAUUAAUUUAGACAGCACGCGUGAACAGUACAACUCAAUCCUACGGAGCAGCAAUUCAAAGCAGCAGCAAAAGAAGCUCGCAUUUUUGGAAAGGAACUUGGAGCAACUCACCAUGGUGCAAAGACAGCUUGUUGAGCAGAACGCUCAACUGAAGAAGGAGGUUGCUAUAGCAGAAAGAAAAUUGGUCGCUCGUGGCGAGCGCAUUCGCGGUCUCGAAGGACUGGUCCAGGAAAGUCAGGAAAAGCUGAUGAUGGCCAACCACAAAUUUGAAAGUCAGCUCAUGGCUGUCAAGGAACGAUUGGAGGCUGCCAAGGUUGGAUCAACGAGAGGUCUUGGGCCCAACUCACCAGCUGGCGGAAACUUCGGUAACAACUCUUUUGGACGCAUCGCGAAGCCCCUACGCGGUGGAGGCGGAAGUGGCACAGACGGUGUCCAACCUAUGGUACCCACGUUUGCUGGCUUGCAGCAGGCCAACCAGGAUGGACCCACUAACAAGCGGAGUAGCUGGUUCUUUAACCAGAGGGCAUAAACUCCGUGUUUGACGAGGUAUAUGCACUUCUCAUUGUUUUCUACGAUAGAUGACUUCAUGGCGGAAGGCAACUGGAUCACGACUGCACAUUUGAGAUGCAGAGCUUGCACAAUACCCAUUUCUGCGGCGCGUGCACAUGCUUUGCAUUAUUGAAACAUGACAAUCUAUGGCAACAAGUGACCUAACGGCUGCUCUAAAUUGUGUUCAUUGGCUAGGCCUGAGAUCCAUGACUGAAUAUUUCGGGUCCUUCGUGACACUCUCUCGUAUUUGGACCUGUGAGCUCCAGCGUCUUCGUCCUCAUGCAAAGACGGGGCUUUGGGGUUGUUGUGACACCAAACUUUAUGCGCAAAUCGUAACACAUCGAACGUCGAGAUAUUGGAACAUACAGAAC